GGAGGGGAGGAGAACACGCCCCUUGGCCCCACAAGUGCAACUUCAUUUACCAGCUCCCAGUAGAAGGAAACUGCGAGUCUGGAAGUGGCUGCGAGGCUCCUGGCCGGCUUGGCUGCUCGCCCCAGCGGGCAGAGGCGGCAGGAGGGACUGACCCAGCCGCGAUCCCCCGGGGGCUCGGCAGCCGGGGCUAAGCUGUUGUCCUGCUGUGCAUGAAGCGUGUUUGAAGUCAUGUCCAGAAGGAAAGUCCUCUAGAUCAGAGUAACCUAACCUGGAGAGAGCCCUGCUGAGCACCCUGGGCCUCACAGCUGUGUUUUCUCCACAGCAUUUUUCACGUGAAUAGAGAUGCAAUGGAGGUAGAGUCCAGCACCUACAGCGACUUCAUCUCCUGCGACCGGGCUGGCCGGAGGAACGCUGUCCAUGACAUCCAGCGAGAGGCAACCACCAUCAGCAUGCGCAAGCUGACCGAGGACAUGGGUGACCUCGCUGUUGAAGGAGCAGAAAGCCAAAGAGAUGCCAGUUCUUCUGACAGUGACCCUGGAGCAAGACCAAAGGGGCAAGAAAGCAGCCCCUCCCCAUGAGAGCAAAAAGGGUGUGGGAUGGGCAGGAGGAGGGCCUUGCUGAGAACAUUCAACAAGAAUUUGUUGCAUCUGUGAACAAAAGCCAACCUGGAACAGCAAGUCGUCUGUCACAUGCCUUGCUGGAACCGUGCUUGUGUAGAGAGACACAGGACACUUGCAAGGACUUGCACCUCCUAAAGACUUCUGCCCCCAUCCCUAAUGGUCUAGGGCAACACUGCCAUGGUUGUAGUGAUAUGAGCCAUUCUUGAGAUGCCUUAGCUGCAAUUUUCUCUUAGGGGAAAAACAGUUUCAGUAAUAAUAGACACACCAGAUUUUUCUGUCCAAGGUACCUUCCUCCUUUGCAGAUUUAGACUAUUAUUUAUUCUGUUUCUAUAGGGUAGAAAUUUAGGUUGAUGGUUUUUCUAAGCCUCACCCUCAUCUGCAUCUUACACCUGGCCUCUGGAUUGUCCACAUGGCCCCUUGUCAGGGUGGGCAGUGGGGAAAGGACCCAAGCUGUCCUGCUGCCCUCAUGUCACCACCACUCGCCUGUGCUGCUGCUGCUUAGCAUCAGGAAAGGACCAAAGCACAGCUCUGUGGGGAUGAGCCCCACCUGGAGACCCAGCAGCACCAGCCACAAGCAUCUUUUUCUUCAGGUUUUAACACUUCAAGAUGUUAUUAAGGGGAGGGGAGAAACAUUUUGGUGGUUUGACUGUUGACAUUCAGGCUUAACUUUGCAAGCUGUUAGCUGAGAUGAUCUCUGGUAGGAUCUCACACCCUUCUGUCUUUAAGGAGACAUUUUUGUGUUAAAGAUGGUUUGAUAAAACUACAUAAGCUGUUGGAAUAAAUGACAGCCUUCAAGUA